AUGGCGGCUCGAGAAUACUAUCUCGGCACGCAAGCUGCACAUGAACUGCCAGGCAGCCACCCACCAAACCCAUGUUCAUCUCAGCCACAAAAGCCGCCACUGUAUCAGCAACCACCCGCGCAACAACAUCCGCAAGCAAAUGUCCAUAAUCCCACAUAUGCGAAUACGCCGCCACCAUCAUACUCAGCAUACCCUCAACAACCGCCGCAACAACCUCAUGGUUACCCGCCUCAACAACAAUACCAGCCUUAUCCUGAGAAGAACAACGCUCAAGCGAUGACAGCGCCAUAUCCGCAAACACCACCAGCAGGCUACUACCCCCCUCAACAACCGAUGCCACAACCGCAACAAGCACCGCCCCAAAACAACGGCUACCUAGGCGCGCCACUCCAACAUUACAGAAGUCACUCGCAACCCGCCCGCGUCCGCUUCGCAGACCAAGAUUCGGAUCGCAGCACAAGUCUAGGCUCCAUGUCAGAUUCCGACGACUACUCACCACCCCGCCACAGCAGUAGCAGACACCACGGUCGACAUCGCAGCCACUCCACCCGCGACUACGAUUCCGACCGUGACCGCGACCGCGACACCCGUCGACACAAGCCUAGGAAAUCUCACUCGUAUGACAAAACACACGAAGAGAAGCACAAGAACAGGGAUACUUUCCUCGGCGCUGGUGCGGGCACCAUUAUCGGGGAUGCCAUUUUCCCUGGUUUGGGCACUGCGGCGGGGUUGGUGCUGGGGGGUUAUGGAGGCAGAAAGUAUGCUGAUACGAGGAGUAAGAGUGAUUAUGAUGGAAGGAGUAAGGAGAAGAGAAGUCAUGGGGGUAGUAGGAGGUUGGGGGAUGAUGGGUGGGAUGAGAAGACUAGGACGUAUCGGAAGGGUGCUGCUGUGAGAUGA